AUGACGUUCGUGGCCCCAGAUAAUCUCUCCAAGAAGAGCACAUACGAAGAGGCCUUGAACCUUACAGGUUUCGGCAAAUACAAUGCUGGUAUGCUAAUAGCUUGCUGCCUGCUCAUCCUCUCUAUGAACCUGGACAUGUUUGGAUUCUCCGUCGUCCUACCAGCCAUGGCUUGUGACAUGUCGCUCGAUACAUCACAACAAGGUCUCCUGUCUGCUAUACCUCUUAUAGGUAUGAUUGUAUCAUCUUAUGGUUGGGGCUUGUGCUCCGACACACAAGGUCGGCGGAAAACGUUGCUCAUAGCAAUGCCAGUUGCAUUAAUUCUCAGCCUUGCAACUACCAUGGCGCCUACCUUCGCGCUAAUAGCAACUUUCAAAUUUUUGUCUGUUUCAUUCUCAGCGGCAGCUAACGCAGCUGCCUUUGUCUUAUUAGCUGAGAGCGUACCAAGCAGACAUCGCAGCCGAUUUGUAUUUCUCAUGGCUAGCGCUACGAUGGUGGAGCAACUCCUUAUUUGCUCCUUCGCUUUACCAAUAUUUACGCUGACUUUCGGCUACGAGAUCUCCUGGCUAGGCUUGGUGUACACUCCAUGGCGAAUGCUGUUGCAAAUCGUCUGUGUGCCCUGUGCGCUAGGAACCAUAUUAAUGAUAUUCCUGCAAGAGAGCCCCAAGUAUCUGCUCAGUAGAGGCAAAGAUGAGGAGGCCUUAGAAGUUUUGAAAACUAUUUACAAAUACAACUCUGGCGAAAAUAAGGAAGAUUAUCCUGUUAAGUACGUGUAUCUCAAUGAAACCACAGCGGACAAUUCUGCUGGAAUUUCCCUAUUGAAAAAGAUCUGGAACCAAACUGCGCCACUUUUCAAGCCUCCUCUAUUGAAAAACUCUGCCAUACUUUUCUAUUUACUGCUCUCUGCAUUUACUACAUCAACUGGUUUCACCAUGUGGGUGCCGACUAUGACCAACGCUUAUUUCACUGGCGAUGAAAGCCACCACGGUCGCACCUUCUGUGAAGUCGCUAGUCAAAGUGCGACAACUGGAUCCGGUAACGGCACUGAAUUCGAAGAUUGUUCCAAUAGUAUCCAAACCGGAGCUCUUUACGCUACAAUGGUGUACUCUGGAGUUUCAACAAUGUUGAUGAUCACUCUAUCCUUUAUCGUGGGCGUUGUUGGCAAGAAAAUCAUCACGCUCGCCAUCUUCGUCAUGUCAUUUACCGCCGGAACUCUACUGCUAUUCGUCAAAGUUCCUAUGCUGAGCAUCGCAUUGUUCUUCAUGUUCUUGUACGUUGCUCAAGUCUUGGGAAAUAUUAACACGUAUUUGGUCGAGCUGAACCCUACACAUUUGAGGAGUAUGGCAACGUGUCUGUCGGUAGUCAUAGCUCGUGGUUCAGGAUUUUUCAGCGUGCAAAUCAUCGCCAGUCUACUUGGGGAAUAUUGCACGCCAAUGAUAAGCGGAUAUAUUGUCUUAGUCAUGUCUGGAUUUGUUGUUGCAACGUUUUUACCAUCGGAGUCCAAAUUGAAAAGUAUAAGCCAAGGAGAACUAAGCCGUACAGCAGAUGUUGAAAGCCCUAAAGAUUAA